GCCGAUGACGUUGAUAACAAAGUGUGCUACAGUGGAGUCUUCGACUUCACAACAAACAACAAACGGAACAACAAGUUGGAACGACUAAUACCAACAACAGAUGGCAUCUAGUAGUUGUGAAAACAACGUUACAGACACAAGUAUCAUUGAUUUGUCAGACAUUGUAGAUGUCACCGUUAACGAUGUUGAAUGUCGUGGUGGUGCUGUCGUAGAAGGCGCGUGCGGUGGUGAUGCUGGUGAUGGACGUAGAUCAGAAGACGAUCUCGCGUCUCACAUUGAUGGAGACGAGUCCGGCAGUGGAGAUGCGGAACAACAGGACAAACAGGAGACACCAAAAGAUAAUACUCUUCGUCAGAAGAUAGCUGCAGCAGUGGAUAUACUGACACAAGCAGCUGAGAGAGAGAAGAAAUCAGACUUACCAGAGUCCUUCAGACUCUACAAGGAGGGAAUUCACAUUCUGCAUGAUGCGUCUAAGGAAAUAGAAAUUGGCAAGAAGGGAAAUAUAAAAGCUUUAUUGGACACUAAGAUACGAGUCUUAUUGACCAAAGCAGAACAUUUAAAGGACAAAAUCAAAGGAGAAAGAGAAGCUGGUGAGGCUCCUCAGUCGUCAGGAGUCACAGAUGAAGUCACACAAAGGAGGGAAUACUUGGCAGGGUUCAUACAAGAUCCAAAUGAAAAAGUGAACAAGUCCAGUAUUGUUGGACAAGAAGAUGCUUUAAAUUGGCUCAUGGAAAAACUCGUUCUGCCUUACAAAUUUCCUAGAUUAUUUGAGCGUUAUCGGAUGCCAAGGCAUCUGCUGAUUUUUGGGCAUCCAGGGACGGGGAAAACAAUGGCACUGAGAGCUUGUGCCUCUAUGAUUCCGGAAGUUACUUUCUUCAAGUUGUCUGUAUACGAUUUCAUGACCAAGUCCGCACCUGAUGAAGAACGGAAUGUUCAAGAACUCUUCAGGAUGGCAAGUGAGAAAAAGGACAGUGUCAUCAUCAUUGAGGAUUUUGAAAGGAUAUAUCAUUCAGACGACCGAUUGAGGCGCAUUCACUGUGAGCUGAUGGUGCAGAUGGAGUCUCAGCCACGUGAGACGAUGGUUGUGUGUAUCACACAAACUCCCUGGCAUCUUCAGUCAUCAUUAAGGAGAAGGCUUUACAUGAGGUGUUACUUUCACCUGCCAACAAAAGAAGAACGGAUUAAUAUUUUGAAAGCCCAACUGGAGGAAACUAACCACAAGCUGACUUAUGAAGACUUUGACAAGAUAGGGAACCGAACUACAUCAGUUGGAGGACACCGCUUCACACAGGCUGACAUGGUUGUAUUGAGCAGGGACAUCAUAAUGCAGAUGAUUCGCCGAAUUCAAAAAGCAGAGUAUUUCAGAAAGAUGACACACCCAGUGACUAAGAUUGAAGAUUACUGGAUGCCAUGUCACCAUGAUGAUGAAGGAGCUGUACAGAUGAAUUGGAUGGACGUGGAUGCCAAGAAAUUGUUGGAGCCGGACAUUGAAAUGAGCGAUGUUCUUCUCGCCCUGGCAAGCACAAUGGGAACAGCUGAUCCAGAUAGAGAAAGAAAUAUGUUUGAGUGGCGGAGCACGUACACUGAAAUCUGAUAAACAUUUGGAAUCAGCAGACCAGACAGAACUAUUCAAGCCUUGGAAGCCUGUGCUUCAGUGUAUUUCUCUGUAUUUAACAAGGUGAAUAGUGAUCCUGUAAAUACCAUUUACCACAGGUAAAUACUCAGGACUACAGGCAGUACUGUCACAUGUUGACUACACUGGUGAUCAGAUGGUCACAGUGGUCCCCACUAUGGAUGUGAUGCACAAGUCAGGGACUACUAAAAUCUGCAGUUGUUGCAGAUCGAGUUUGUCAUCCUACCUAAGGGAUGUAGAUGCUCACACCUUCAACAACUUGUGCCUCUUUCUUCACUGGUGGUAGCACUUUGAUAUCACUGCAACUCAAAACCUUUGUACCAGUUAUAUGGAUGUAAUGCACAGCUACUUCUGACAAUUGUUGCGGAUUGAGUUUAUCAUCCUACCUGGGUGAUGUAGAUGCUCACGGCCCGACCUCUUGUAAGCCUCUUUCUUCACUGGUGGUAACACUUUGAUAUUUCACUGCAACUCAAAACCUUGUACGCUCAGUUGGCCCAAGUACUAGUAUCUGGAUGUGAUGCUCAGCAACUUCUGACAGUUGUUGUAAGUUGUUGCGGAUUAAUUUUAUCAUCCUACCUGGAUGAUGUAGAUUCUCACACCUUCGACCACUUUUAAGCCUCUUCCCUGAUGGUAACACUGUGAGAUAUCACUGCAACAUGAAACCUUGUUUGGUGAUGUGUUGUUGAUGUAGGUGCUCACACCAUCGACCACUUUUAAGCCUCUUCCCAGAUGGUAACACUGUGAGAUAUCACUGCAACAUGAAACCUUGUUUGGUGAUGUGUUGUUGAUGUAGGUGCUCACACCAUCGACCACUUUUAUGCCUCUUCCCUGAUGGCAACACUGUGAGAUAUCACUGCAACAUGAAACCUUGUUUGGUGAUGUGUUGUUGAUGUAGGUGCUCACACCAUCGACCACUUUUAUGCCUCUUCCCUGAUGGUAACACUGUGAGAUAUCACUGCAACAUGAAACCUCGUUUGGUGAUGUGUUGUUGAUGUAGCUCACACCUUCGACCACUUUUAUGCCUCUUCCCUG